GCAUCUUAAAUCCACGUGACUGAGUGAGCGCGUGCUAACGGCGGGAACUCGUUGCUUCAAAGCAAAGCUACCACCACGAGUUUCAACUAGUUUUUCGCGACGUACAGCCCAACAGGCUCUGGUGUGGUGAUGAACCGCGGAGACCAAGCACCUAAGUCAGACUCAUGUGGGUCAUUGGGGGAGGAAGACUCGUCUGUCAAACUGCAGAUGAUACAAGUUCCAAUCAAAUGUGGAGCUGUUGCAGCUGCAACCCCCCAGCCUGCUGCUGUUGACACCCACCAGAGGGAGUCUUUCCCACUCAGUGUCAUCCCCUGCAGUCAGGGGCACCAGCCUCCCCCUUCUGCAGGUGCUGCACCAGUGGCUCAGCCCUCCCCUUCUGUUAUGGUGAGUGCAAAGCCCACAAUCCAAGUGGGGGCGAGUCAUCCCGUCCCAAAGCAGACCGUCAAUCAGAUGACACCCCCUGGAAGGACGGUGGUAAUAACUGUACCCAGAACAGCAGCUGCACAGCCAGUGGCCCCCACAGCGCCACACAAUGCCUCUCCAAAGCUGCCCCCCAACCUCCAGAUCCCAGCAGGUAUGAUGCUGAUCCGCAGCGACAGCGGUCAGCUGAUGCUGGUGUCCCAGCAGGUUCUGGCUCAGGCUCAACGAGGGCCGAGAAUUGUCAGCAGCCAGGCGCCUCGGGUUCUGACCCAGCAGGUGCCCACAGUCACAGGAGCCAAAGGUAACGAGAAGGUAUCGCUCAUCCAGAUGACGACGCCCUCCACCUUCCAGACGGUUCAAAAACCAGCUCUGUGCAUCGCCAUGGUUCCCAAAGCUGCUGCGGCCCCGAGCCUCAGAGCUCUCCCUCAGGCAUCUGGAGACACCAAGAAGGAGAUAACGAGAACUUUCAGUAAGGAGACUCUGGAAAGUGUGAAGAAGUGUAAGAAUUUCCUGGUGACUCUGAUCAAGCUGGCGUCCAGUGACUCCAGGUCUGCCAACAUGGCCAACAAUGUUCGAGGACUGGUCCGAAGUCUGCUGGAGGGAAAGAUGGAAGCGGAGGAGUUCACAGAGCUGCUGUAUGAGGAGCUGAAGUCAACGCCACAGCCCUGCUUAGUGCCUUUCCUAAAGAAAAGCCUCCCUGCGGUGCGUUCACUGACCUCAGACCCACAGUUAUUCAUCCAGCAGGCCUCUACAUCCAAGAACACAAAGUCGUCUGAGGCAGAACUGAGCAGACAGCAGGCUCUCCGUGCAUAUGAUUCAAGUUCUGGAUCAACUCCAUCCAGAACCGACGUGUCUCGCAGAGGUGGGCUCGGCAGCACAGUGGUUCUGUCAGGAAGUCACAUCCCAGGAGCGUUUCCAGGGAAACGUGCUUCUCAGGAUCAGUCCAGAGGUGUUUUCAGAGCCAGCUGUGGAUCCUACAGAGAGGAUGAUGACAUCAAUGAUGUGGCCUCCAUGGCAGGAGUCAACUUGAGAGAGGAGAACGCCCGGAUUCUCACCUCCACUGUGGGCUCCGUGGUGCAGUCCUGCCAGGACCAGCUCUUCCUCUCACCUCAGCACCUGCUCACCUGGAUCCUGCACACAGGAAAGUCGUUUGGAGUUACUGAUGUGGGUCCGGAUGUGGUGGCUCUAGUUUCUCAUGCUACUCAGGAGCGUCUGCGAGAGCUGAUGGAGAAGAUCUCUGCUGUGGCUGAGCAUCGUAGGACGUCUCAACAGGAGGAUUCCUGGCAUGUCAGGGUGAGCGAUGUCCGCUCUCAGCUUCGCUUCCUGGAGGAAAUAGAGAAGCUGAAGAAGAGGAGGAAAGAUGAAGAGGAAAAGGAGAAACUACUCCGUUUAGCCAGGAGUCGCUUCCACACUGAAGACCCUCAGGUUCAGCUGCUCAGACAGAGAGCCAGAGAGGUGAGCCAGGAGUCCUGUUGCCUGCACUCCUGUCUUAGAGAAGCCGGCUGCAACAGAUGGAGGAAGCUCGGCUGCAGCAGAAGGAGGCGAACCUCACCGCUUUGGCCGCCAUCGGACCUCGAAAGAAGAGAGUGCUGGACCAGAGUAACGGUGUCUCUGCUGCCCAGGCUGGGCUCUCAGAAGGUCACCCGGGUGGUUCUGAAGGAUCUGCUGGUCUGCAUGGAGCAGGAGCCGGUCCUGCACCACUCUCUCACCUUCUACAAAUCCAUGCUGUUUAUGGUGU